CCUUCCUGAAUCCUCCCUUUUUUCCCUUUUCCCCUACAGUAACAAGAGGAAAACUCCCUACUCCGGACCGGGACCCAGCCAAAACCCACUCCAAAAGAGACUAGUGUGGCCGCUGUUCGCCGCCGCCGCUGCCAUUGAUUGCAUUUUGACUGCACAUUCAGGCCAGCGAAACAAAUUUCCCUCCCCCCCCCCAAGAGAGUCCUAGCGUCUCCGCUCGCUUCUUCCCGCUUACAAGAGCCCUUCGUUCGCUAUUUUUUCUUCCCUCCCUUCCCUUCUUCUUCCUCUUCUUUCCCCCAUCCCCCCGUGAAGUGUCCUGUGUUGUCUGGCACUAUCUCUCUCCUCUCUUUUUUUGUUUAGUUCUCGUUUCUCACAGCCGUCAAAAUGGCCACGGGUGACGUUAACCAGGGCGACAAGUCCGUCUUCGGCAUGCCCGGCUUCGUCGUCGACUUCAUGAUGGGUGGUGUUUCCGCCGCUGUCUCCAAGACCGCUGCUGCCCCCAUCGAGCGUAUCAAGCUCCUCAUCCAGAACCAGGAUGAGAUGAUCCGCGCCGGUCGUCUCGACAAGAAGUACAACGGUAUCGCCGACUGCUUCCGUCGUACCGCUCAGGCUGAGGGUGUUGUCUCCCUCUGGAGAGGUAACACUGCCAACGUCAUCCGUUACUUCCCCACCCAGGCCCUCAACUUCGCUUUCCGCGACACCUACAAGUCCAUGUUCGCCUACAAGAAGGAGCGUGAUGGAUACACCAAGUGGAUGAUGGGUAACCUUGCCUCCGGUGGUGCUGCUGGUGCCACUUCCCUCCUCUUCGUUUACUCUCUGGAUUACGCCCGUACCCGUCUCGCCAACGACGCCAAGUCCGCCAAGGGCACUGGUGAGCGUCAGUUCAACGGUCUCGUCGACGUCUACAAGAAGACCCUCGCUUCCGACGGUAUUGCCGGUCUCUACCGUGGUUUCGGUCCCUCUGUUGCUGGUAUUGUUGUCUACCGUGGUCUGUACUUCGGCAUGUACGACUCCAUCAAGCCCGUUGUUCUGGUUGGUCCUCUCGAGGGUAACUUCCUUGCUUCCUUCCUUCUCGGCUGGACUGUCACCACUGGUGCUGGUAUCGCUUCUUACCCUCUUGACACCGUUCGUCGUCGUAUGAUGAUGACCUCCGGUGAGGCCGUCAAGUACAAGUCCUCCAUGGAUGCUUUCCGCCAGAUUGUCGCCCGUGAGGGUGUCAAGUCCCUGUUCAAGGGUGCCGGUGCCAACAUCCUCCGUGGUGUUGCCGGUGCUGGUGUCCUGUCCAUCUACGACCAGGUUCAGCUCCUGCUCUUCGGAAAGAAGUACAAGGGUGGCUCUGGCUAAACAAUUUGACUUAAAACGUCAAAUCUGUUUGAGUCGGUGUGAAUCCUUCUGGGGAAAGGGG